AUGAAUUAACUAGACCUCAAUGAUCUUCAGGCUAGUCAUGUUUAGGUGCAUUCUCCUAAUGGAGAACAACGUGUAUUAUUUCAAGAAGCUCUAGGCCAAAUAAAAUUCAGGCAGAUAAACAUAUAGGCAAGGUUGAAGGAACUUCUAAUUUAAGCAAUAUAAAAAUUACGGAAGUAUACGAAAAUUAAGAAUCUGUCUCUGUUGAGUAAGUAGUAAUUGCAAGCCUUUAAUGAUGUUUCGAGCAGUUAUAUUUAGCAAUCAAAGAGGGAGAAAGACUCAUCUUAAUUUGAAAAACAGUAUUAUCAAUACAAACAGCAGAAUGUGAGUUUGUAAGUCUUGGUAUCUAGUCUGAUGACUAUGGUUAAACAUCGCAGUUUUACAAGCAUAAAGGCAAGUCAUCCCAUGCUUAUAUUUUGGAGUUUCUUAAAAUUUCUUUUGGUAUUACAUUUAUGUUUCAUAUUUCCAUUAUCUGAUUCAUUUGUAUACUAAUUGGAUGAAUUUAUUGAUAUUUAGAUGCCAAUAUUUUUUGUUGAGAUAGUGAUAUUGACGAUUGACAUAAUAAUGAGAUUGAAUGUGUAGAUAUAUAACAAGGGGAUUUUGAUAACAUAAACAAGAAAAAUAAUUAUUUAAUAUUUUCGAAAGGAAUUCUUGAUUGAUUUUGGAGGAUUGUUGGGAUUGGUUGUUUUCUUGCUAUCAACAGUUACUCCUCUAAAAUACUUAUUCAUUUUAAAAUUAAAGGAAUUGUCAACAUUUAUGGAGGUUUUCAAGUAUGAAAUAGAUCCAAAAGGUAAAUUUAAAAACCAUCUUAAAUUAUUGAAACUUUUGAUCACAGUAGUAUUGUUAGCUCAUUGUUUUGCUUGUGUUUGGAUAGGAAUAGGUCAACAUUCAAUGGAUAAGAAUUGGAUAGUCCAACGAGGAUUAGAAGAUUCACAUUGGGUUGAAAUCUAUUUGACUGGAUUGUAUUUUGCCAUUACAACCAUGACUACAGUGGGAUAUGGUGACAUUACACCAAUAAAUCCAUAUGAAGUCUUGGUGAGCAUUUGUUUAACUCUCUUUUCAUCAUGUAUAUUUGCAUAUGUGUUCAAUACGAUAACUUCAAUUUUGAAAGACUUGGAUGCAGACAAGAGUAAGGUCAAACAUGAUUUGGAAAUCUUGAGUCAUUAUAUGAAGAAGAGAAACAUCGAUUCAGAUUUACAAAAGAGAGUAGAAAAUUAUCUUCGAUUAGUAUAUAAACAUCAGCCCUCUACUUAGGAAAAGAAGAUCUUUGGUAAACUGAGUCCCCAGUUAAAGCAAGAGUUAAAUGAAUAGGAUAAAGGGUUGUUAUUGUUAAAAUAACCAGUAUUGGUGAACAAUUUCUCGUUGAAAUUGCUGAAAGAACUAAUUGAAAGUGUUCAGGAAAUUAAUCUAACUCCUUAAGAGAGACUGCCGAAUGAUCAGGGAUUGUACAUUUUAUUGAAGGGAAAUAUCAAUAUAAUAUUUGGGGAGAACAGGACUAUAGUUGGGAAUUUGAAACCAGGAGAUGGUGUAGGGUUGAAAUCUUUGUUUAAUGAGUAGUAGAAUAGGAAACUGGGGUUCGUAAGUGAAGGGUUUUCAACUGUUUAUUGCAUCUCUCAGGGAGAUUUCUUUAAGAAAUUAAAGGACACUGAUUUAGAUUAAUUCUAUUAGAUUAGAGAUAGGAUCAUGGUGUAGAAUUAUGAUAAUUUAUUUUUGAAGUGCUUACUUUGUAGAAAAUAAGGACAUGAGAUAUGCGAGGAUAUCUAUUUUAAUUUAAAUAAAGAAUUGAUUCUAGCUAAACAUCAAUAUUCAGUAGAGCAGGAGAGGCAAGGUAAAUUUAAAAGGAGGCGAAAGUAAAAGUCAAGGGCAUUUCAUGAAUUGGAGUUUAGGAGGAGAAAUGCAAAUUUGUGUUAUCAGAGGACUAUAAAGACGAUGAAAAUGCAAGAGAGGGAGAUGGAGAGUGAUGAUGAAGAUGAGAAGUCAGCGAAUGAGGAGAGCGAUCAAGAGUCUUAUGAUGACUUAGAGUAAUCAAGACAUUAUUUGGAUGAAAACAAAGACUCUAUAUCUGUAUUCUUUGACAAAUAAGCUACUCCAAAAUAAAACAGUAAGCCUGAAUUCAAAAGUGUGAGAACCAAGAUCAAAGGUGCUUCGAUAGUCAGAAUUCUACAAAAUUAUACCAAUUAAAAAGUAUGGCACGACGAUUUCUGUAUCAUUAAUGACUUUGAGAAGAUGAAAUUCUUUAGGAUGUAUUACCCAACUUAUAAUUAUGAUUCGGUCAUUAAGUUUUACAAUCAAUGGAGGAAGAAGACAAAUAAGAACACUUACAAAACAUAAGGCAAUUGA